CGCCCGCUGCCGCCCGCCCCGGCCCGCCCCGACCCCGGAGGCGCUGGCGGCUGCCGAGGAGACCGUUGGCGCCGGCGGCGGGGCGCGGGGCGCGGGGCGCGGAGCCGGCGGCCGGGCGAGGCGGGGCAGCGGCGCGGGCCGGCCGCUGCUUCCGGAGAGAGCGUGGUGUGUCCGCAUCCGGAGCUGCAGCCUGCUGGCAUGACUGAGCACGUCCCUGGGCUCGCCAGCGCGUCGCCAUGCACCGGGUGGCCGAGGCGGGGAAGCGUGCGCCCCGCGUGCGCAGCGUGGAGGUGGCCAGGGGCCGCGCGGGCUACGGGUUCACCCUCGCGGGGCAGGCGCCCUGCGUGCUCAGCGGCGUCCUGCGCGGGAGCCCGGCCGACCUCGUGGGCCUGCGCGCCGGCGACCAGCUCCUUGCGGUCAACGAGAUCAACGUGAGGACGGCGGCGCACGAGGACGUGGUGAAGCUGGUCGGGAGGUGCUCCGGCAUCCUGCGCAUGGUGGUGGGCGACGGCCUUGGCCACGGGGAGCCCUGCUCCAGCGACGACGAAGGGGGGCUCCACGAAGGCAGAGGCUGGCGGAGGCCCAGGCUCGAUUCCAAAGCCUUGGGCAUAAACCGGGCGGAGCGGGUCGUGGAGGACAUGCAGUCGGGGGGGAUCUUCAACAUGAUUUUUGAAAAUCCCAGUCUCUGCGCAGGGGGUUCGGAGCCCCUGAAAUUGAAACAAAGAUCCCUUUCGGAGUCAGCUGCGUCUAGAUUUGACGUGGGACACGAAAGCCCGAGCGGUGGGAACCCCAGCGUGCUUUCUAAGGAGGAGACAUCGAACGCGCUGAGCAAUGGCUCGGUGUUCGGCGCCGGACUGGAGGAGGACGCGGACUUCGCAGUCGACGCGAGCAUCCUGAACGUCGCCAUGGUCGUUGGCUACCUGGGCUCCAUCGAGCUCCCUUCCACAAGCGCCAGCCUCGAGUCUGACAGCCUGCAGGCCAUCCGCGGCUGCAUGCGGCGCCUGCGGGCCGAGCAGAAGAUCCACUCGCUGGUGGCCAUGAAGGUCAUGCACGACUGCGUGCAGCUGUGCGCCGACAGGGCGGGCGUCGUGGCCGAGUACCCCUCGGAGAAGCUUGCCUUCAGCGCCGUGUGCCCCGACGACAGGAGGUUCUUUGGGCUCGUGACCAUGCAGGCCGGCGAUGACGGCAGCCUGGCCGGGGAUGACGAGGGGGCCCUGCGGACGUCCUGCCACGUCUUCAUGGUGGACCCGGACCUGUUCCACCACAGGAUCCACCAGGGCAUCGCCAGGCGGUUCGGGUUCGAGUGCACGGCGGACCCCGACACCAGCGGCUGCCUGGAGUUCCCCGCGUCCUCCCUGCCCGUGCUGCAGUUCGUGUCCGUCCUGUACCGGGACAUGGGCGAGCUCAUCGAGGGUGUGCGGGCCCGGGCCUUCCUGGACGGCGAGGCGGACGCCCACCACACCAGCACCAGCAGCACCAGCGACAGUGGCAUCGGCAACUUCAGCCAGGAGGACCGGGGCGGCCGGGUCCUGGUGGUGGACCUGGGCGGGGGCGCGGGCGGGAGGGGCCCGCAUCCCCGGGGCGCCCCCCGCAAUGGCACCCGCUGUCCCGGGCCGGAGGGGAGCCCCCCGCGUGCGGCCGCCCCGCCGGCCGACAGUCUCCGCGACUGGAGCGCGCACUCGGGCCCGACCUCGCACGCCGAGGGGCCCCCGGCGUCCUCCCCGUGGGGCUCUGUGCCUCCUCCCACCAGGGGCGCCCUGGGCGCCGGCUGCGGCCCCGGUCAGAGGUGGCUCCCGGGCCGUGUGCUGCAGGAGUGGCCGUGCGGGCUCGCCAGUGACCAGGAGUCGCACACGGACUCCACCGACGGCUGGUCCAGCGUCAACUGCGGCACGCUGCCGCCACCCAUGAGCAAGAUCCCUGCCGACCGCUACCGGGUGGAGGGCCCCUUCGCACAGCCCCCGCUGGGCGCCCCCAAGGGCGAGUGGGCCAGGAAGGCGUUCGGAAUGCACAGCUUUUUUGGGCCUCAUCGCACUGUAAGAAAGACUAAAGAAGACAAAAAGGCCUCCAGAUUUGGGCGUGGACUUGGCCUCAUUCAGACUUCUCAGCGUCCUUCUGCUCGGAGAUCAUUUGGAAGAUCCAGGAGGUUUAGUGUCACUCGCUCGCUCGACGAUCUCGAGUCUGCCACCGUGUCCGACGGAGAGCUCAACGGCGCCGACCUACAGGACGGCGCGAGUAGCAACAGCCUGAGCAGCAACGCCAGCCUCCCGAGCGUGCAGAGCUGCCGGCGCCUCCGCGAGCGGAGGGUGGCCAGCUGGGCCGUGUCCUUUGAGCGCCUGCUGCAGGAUCCCGUUGGCGUUAAGUACUUCUCUGAUUUUCUAAGGAAGGAAUUCAGUGAAGAAAACAUUUUAUUCUGGCAGGCCUGCGAAUAUUUUAAUCAUGUUCCUGCACAUGACAAAAAAGAGCUCUCCUCCAGGGCCCGGGAGAUCUUCAGCAGGUUUCUGUGCAGCAAAGCCACCACCCCCGUCAACAUCGACAGCCAGGCCCAGCUGGCGGACGACAUCCUCAGUGCCCCGCACCCCGACAUGUUCAAGGAGCAGCAGCUGCAGAUCUUCAACCUGAUGAAGUUCGACAGCUACACGCGCUUCCUGAAGUCACCGCUGUACCAGGCGUGCGUCCUGGCGGAGGUGGAGGGCCGCUCUCUGCCCGACUCCCAGCGCGUGCCCAGCAGCCCGGCUUCCAAGCACAGCGUCGGCUCCGACCACUCCAGCGUCUCCACGCCCAAGAAGUUAAGUGGAAAAUCAAAAUCUGGACGGUCCCUGAACGAGGAGCUGGGAGAAGAGGACAGUGAGAAGAAGCGGAAAGGGGCGUUUUUCUCCUGGUCGAGGAGCAGGAGCACUGGGCGGUCCCAGAAGAAGAAGGACCACGGCGAGCGUGCCCAUGACGCCGUCGCUGCCAACGGAGGCCUGCGCCGCAGGGAGUCCCAGGGCUCCGCGUCCUCGGCAGGGAGCCUGGACCUGGCGGAGCCCUGCCGGACCCCAGUGCCUGAGAAGGAGAAGGCAUCCAAGCACUGCUGCGUCCACCUGCCUGAUGGCACGUCCUGCGUGGUGGCUGUGAAGGCGGGCUUCUCCGUCAAGGAGAUCCUGUCGGGGCUCUGCGAGAGACACGGCAUCAACGGGGCAGCUGUUGACCUCUUCCUGGUGGGCGGGGACAAGCCUUUAGUGCUGCACCAGGACAGCAGCAUCUUGGAGUCCAGGGACCUGCGCCUGGAGAAGCGGACUUUGUUUCGGCUGGACCUCGUCCCGAUUAACCGCUCGGUGGGACUCAAGGCCAAACCCACCAAGCCCGUCACGGAGGUUCUGCGGCCCGUGGUGGCCAAGUACGGGCUGGACCUGAGCGAGCUGGUGGUGAGACUGAGUGGAGAGAAGCAGCUCCUGGACCUCGGCGUCCCCAUUGCGAGCCUCGACGGACAGCGGGUCGUCCUGGAGGAGAAGGACCGCCCCAAGGGAAAAGUACCCGCAGAUAAACAGAAGGGUGCCGCAGCCAAGCAGCAUGUAGCUGGGAAGCCCACUUCCAGAAGUCACGCGGCUACGGGAGAGGAAAGAACGCUAGGCAAGUCUAAUUCUAUUAAAAUAAAAGGAGAAAAUGGAAAAAAUGCUAGGGAGCCCCGGCUUUCAAAGAGAGAAGAAUCUAUUGCAAAGAUUGGGAAAAAAAAAUAUCAGAAAAUUAAUUUGGACGAAGCAGAGGAGUUUUUUGAGCUCAUUUCCAAAGCUCAGAGCAGCAGAGCCGACGACCAGCGGGGCCUGCUGAGGAAGGAAGACCUGGUGCUCCCCGAGUUUCUCCGCUUACCUGCCGGCUCCUCGGGGCUCGCCGCCACCCCAGCCUCAGCCAAGGGACUCGCGAAGAACAGCGGCAAGGAGAGAGCGCCCCAGCUCCAUGAAAAGCGGGGCUCGGCCCAGGACUCUGUCGAAAGCCCAGCGGCCAGCUCCAGCUCGGCCGACAGCCAGCCCUGGUCCCCGGCCACCACCCCGCCCGGGCCUCCUGCGCAGGAAGGAGCCGCGCCGAUGGGGGCCGGGGCCGCGGGCAUCGAGAUGGAGGAGGACGGUCCCACGGCCGACCUGACCUUGGUGGGGGAGGGGGACAUCAGCAGCCCCAACAGCACCCUGCUGCCGUCGCCCCCCGGCCCGCGAGCUGAAGCCCACCGCCCGCCCCCAGCCCCUCUGCCGGACGCGCAGGACACACCAGGACCUCCGAGACCAGGUGGGGCCCGUGGCCACCGAGGCCCCCCGGUCAGCAGGACCAUUGACGUGGACCGCGUCGCGGGCUCGGCCCCCGGGCUGGACGGCAGCGCCCCAGGGGUGCGGACGGGCCGGGGGAAGUCGCGGGCCGGCGUGCCCCCAACACAGGGUCUCCCCAGCCACUCCCCCGCCCCAGGAGAGCCCGCCAAGGCCGGUCGGCACCGCGCCACCUUCGUCUGAGCUGCCAGCCCUCCGACGGCCAGCACCUCUGACCCGCAGGGCAGCCGCUCCCUGGCCUGGCCUCCUUGUGACAAGUGUGUGGAGGCUGUGGCCUCGGGGGCCGUCCUGGGGUCCCCAGGGAGCACCCUCGAGAGCCCUGCGGAGCCGUCGACACGCCUGGGAGCCACAGCAGGAGGGGAUGGCCCGGGGCGGAGUCGACUGUCCACGGACAGAGGGGACGGCCCGGGGAGGAGGACCCGACCCCCGUCGGAGUCAUGACCCUGGGGGAGGCCACAGCUUCCGACCCCACAGGGCUGCUGGACACUGCCCACCAGCCCCUUGGCACCCAGCUCUCCUCAAUAAAGCAUCCUGAGCCCU